GUGUAUCAAGAUGGCGGCGCGCAGUGUGAGGUGUUGAAGAGCAACCGCGAAGGAGGGAGCGGGAGCGGGACAAACACGUUUACCCAGGAGGGUUAUUUGAUGGUGUAAAUUUGGAAGAGAAAAAUCAUGGUGCAUCUCUCCUCGAAUCUGCACAAAUACUAUCACCGGGGGUUUGUGUGUAUACGCCUAGCUUUGGGCGGCUGUACAAAUCGACCCUUCUAUCGAAUUGUCGCGGCGCACAACAAGAGGGCCAGGGAUGGCAAAUACCUGGAGCAGCUCGGCUCAUAUGACCCGAUGCCCAACAUCUUCAAUGAGAAAUUAGUCAGUUUUAACUUCGAGAGGAUCAAGUAUUGGCUGGCCUGCGGGGCGCACAUGACAAAGCCUGUUGAAAAACUAUUAGGUCUAUCUGGGUUUUUCCCUCUGCACCCCAUGACUGUGACUGGGGCAGAGCGAUUUCACAAGAAGACGGUACUAAUGGCUCAAAUGGAGUCCAAAGAAGAGGCUGUGGAAACUACAGAGGAUGAGCAGCCGAGGAGCUAAUCCCCAGAGUUAGCAGUGCUGGAUAUGGACAUUAACAGUUGCCACAGCUUCACUGAGUAUCAUCUGUAACAAGCCCAGGAAAAAACUGUUUACCAGAUUCCAGCCAGUGCUCCCAUGACAGCAAACAGUGACCUGGAGCUUAAUUGCUCUCCAAUUAAGACAGUUGUAAAGAGAAAAUUUUAAAACUGAGACCAUCAAUAUUAACAAAAUCCAAAAUUGCUGGACAAACUCAGCAACUCUGGCAGGAUCUGUGGUAAAGAAAGCAAUUAGUGUUUUGAGCUGUUGCCAGACGUGCUGAGUUUCUCCAGCAUUUUCUUUAUCUGUUUCAGCUCUCCGUCACUCAGUGCUUUGCUUAAUGUUUUGACCUCUUAAUAUUAUGUAGCUCCCAGUUUCAACUUUGUGUUAGACAUUCCUGUAUGCAGUCUUCAAAUAUAGACCAGGUUAGAAAUGGUAAGGUUUAAGGUGGGUGUGUUUGAUCAGGUGAUGAUGGGAUUAUCCCUUAUUCCUGUUGGAGGUGACUGAACCCCACUGAGAGUAAUAAUUUGUUGGGACUUUAAAUUUAACAUUUUGUUUCUGCUGUCUUUGAUUCCCUGAAGUAUUCCAAUUGUUUCUGCUCAUCCGUCCCUUCUUUUGUCAUUCCUCAACCUUUAGCCCAGCUUCCUUUUCCAUACGCGCAUCACCCACUGUGUGAAAAUGUUGCCCCAUGAGUCCCUUUUUUAUCAUUCCCCUCUCAUCCUAAACCUAUGCCCUCUAGUUCAGGACUCCCCCCACUCCAGGGGAAAUACUUGUCUAUUUAUCCUAUCCAAACUCCUCAUGAUUUUAUAAACCUCUCUAAGGUCACCCCUCAGCCUCCAAUACCCCAGGGAAAACAGCCCCGUGUAUCCCAGCAUAAUGCCAAAGUAUGAAAUUCUAACCAAUUUAAGAAUGGGCAGUGUUUAGUGUGACCUAGUUGCUGCCCAGCUGGUGUGCAGCAACUUGUCUUGUGGUGAGACAGGUUCAUAUGUUCUGUAGUGAACAAGGCCCCUAUUUCUAGGGAUGAGUUAUGAUGUCCCAUCCUCCAUUCUAUAGUCAUGUUUUUUUUUUUGAAGCUCCCAAGCCUGACAUUUGAAAUUGAGGCUGGACUACUGGACUGGCAGUCCCUAAUACUUAGCCCCUAUUGCUAACUCACAGUGUCUGGCCUUUGUUUGUGCUUUUCUGACUGCUUUGAGCCAUGAGAUGUUACUUCCACCAUCAAAAAUGGUUUUGCAAUUGACACGUGACAGAGUCAAUGGUUCUCCUAGGAACCACAGGAUUUCCAGUGAGUUGCUGGAUUUUGUGACUGAAGUUCAAAAGGGCUUUGUAAUAACUUGCAACCAAACUUCAGAAUAAACCUCUGCUCUCCUGACCCCAUAACCUACCCCUCUGGCGCACUCUUGAAAGAAAAGCGGUGACUCGAGAAGAAAAUGGAAUUAGCUGCGUCUGCUGUGCUCAGUGUGAACACUGUCAUCUGAGUCAAAAUCAAAACCAGAGGCUUUAGCACAGUGCAGGCUGAGUGUGCAGCGUUUAGACUAUGGGGGUCAUCACUACCACGGCAGUACUCCUCGUGCUUGCUGUUCUCUCGUGCACUAACUCUUCGGUGAUGGGGUACAGGGAUACAGAUGGGACAGUAGCCUGACUGGGAAUUGUUUCCAGAACUGAUUUUGUCUUUCUGUUGCAACAGAGUCCCUGGGUGGUUAGUGCAAAACUUGUAGUUGGAGUGUAAACAUUUUAGAAGCUUGUUUAAAAAGCAAUUGGUAGCUGUGUCAAAGACCACUCUGUUCUGAUGUUUUGAACAGUCUUCCUAUCGUAGUGAUCACGUGUGUAAAACGUAAGAGGCUUUCAUCCAGCAGUUGAGGUGUAUGAGUCUUCUCUGAGCCAGGGUCUGUGGUCUGAGCAUGAAGUAUGAUAAGCCACCUCUGGAAAAGAUGGUUUUGGGUGCUUGUUACAUUUUCCCUUUUUGCUUAACAAUAUUUCAGUAAUUGUUGAAAUAAUUAUAUGAAUAAAUCCAGAACUAAUUUUAAACAAGUUGAUUUCCUUUGCAGGAAUAUUGUACCGAAAAUGAUAUUUUUUAAAAAACUGGAAAUAUCCAGUAGUUCAGACAGUAGCUGUGAGGAGGAACUGAGCGCAUGUCUCUGUUGAGAUGAAUUGAUCCUUUUCUGAUGAGAGGUCAUCAGCCUGAGAUGUUAGUUCUGUUUCUCUCCACAGAUUCUGCCUGACCUGCUGAGUACUUAAUGUUUUUAUUUCUGAUAUCCAGUGUCUGCAGUGUUUUGCUUUUGUGACUAAAGUGAUAUGUUAUGAGCAACUGUGCAGGAGGGGCUAGUUAUGCCUGAAACGUCGAAUUUCCUGUUCCUUGGAUGCGCCUAACCUGCUGUGCUUUAACCAGCAACACAUUUUCAGGAGGGGCUAGUUACAAAGUGUGGCAGGCUAGUGGAAAGAUUGCAAUGUCACGUUGCACCAUCCUAAGUGAACGGUUGUCCGGUUUUAUUUUUUCCUCUUUUAUUUACUUUACCAAACUGUAUAAAAUAUUAACAGUGAACAAUAAACAGCAGUUUAUAAGAAACAGCAAUUUACAGGGGAAGGAGGUGGCAAGGCCAAACCUCCACUCUGCAACCAAUUCACAGGGGAAUGUGGACGAACCCCAAAUGCUAUCCCUUCCUCACCAAAGAGGAAACAGUAGACGCAAACGUACAAAACAGUCCGAUCAACCAAACAAUAAAGCAGUGCAUGUUUUACACACACACACACACACACACACACACACACACACACACACACACACUUGGUAAACUAGCAGUUUGUCCAAUUUUAUUUGGUGGGUAUUGUUAACUGAAGCCAAUAUAAAUUAAACAGCCGCUCCCUUAUUGCUGUUUCUGGGCACACCUGAUAUAAUGGUGCUAGGACACCAGGUAAAGUCUGUGUUCUCCUGUUCACCCCCUGCCCUGCCCCAAUCAUUCACAAACCCCUCCCCCGAGUGCAGGAGGAACAUGUAGCAGUGUAAGCUGGUUGUAUAGAUUGAUUGAUUCUAAAGGUGUUUUGUUAAUGCAAGCAAAGACCUGAAAAAUUAUCCUGUGAAGCCGUACACUGUAUAGAUCUCCCUCAGCUGAAAUGCUUCAGAUGUUGGAAAUCUAAUGAACACGCAAUCUUGGAAGGGCUAGGUAAGUCUAGCUGUAUCUAUGGAGAGGGAGAUCAAGUUAACAUUUCUGGUUGAUGAGCUCCAGUCAAAACUGAAGAUUUAGAGAUUUAAGGUAGGGAUUCUGUGGGGAAUGGGAUCAAUUUGUAUUAAGAGAACAAUACAAAGACUUUAAUGUAUCUUGCACAACCACCGGGUGUAGAACAUUUUAUGUCCAAUGCAGUAUUUUUGAAAUGUCGUCACAGUUGGAAUGUGUGUAAUGUGGAAUAGCCCUGGCUAGACACAAUGGA